UUCUUCCUCACGUGCAUAAUGUCUUGAUUAUCCUCAUAAUUUCUCACAAAAGCGAUGUCCUAACCGGUUUCAAGUUGUUGUCAAUUUUCGUUGUUUGUCUGUCUUUAUUCGAUUUUUUGUAUUUUUAUUUGUCAUUCGUUCCAUUUCGUUACGAUUAAUGACAGUUGGCUCGACAAGUCGCGUUGAUUAGGAGAUUUCCCUUGAAAAAAGUGAAUUCAGACAGAGAAAUAAAAAAAAAAAAUCUAAGAAAAUGGAAUUUGAAGAGAUAAUGCAGAGUGAUGUAGAGACUGAUUCUCAGACUCAAACUCAGACUCAGACUCAGACUCAGAGUCAAUCUGAUGUAACGAUGACGCCGUCCCAGGCGACCCAGGAGGAGAAAAAGGCCUGGGGAAAGCUAGUGCCCAGUGAGAAAUGCCCAAAAUUUUCUCUCGUGUGGCUGUACACCAACGAAUAUAAAGCUGGAAAGCAGGAAGACUGUGACAUUAUCUUCACCUGCAACAAUAUAAAUAAAGAAGGACUCCAGGUGAUCAGCAGAAUGCACUUCACAAUCAAAAGGGAUUUUAUACCCUCUAUAAACGAUUUUGUUGUCGUUCUCACCGAUCACAGCAGAAAUGGUACAUUCGUCAAUAGAAAAAUCGUAGGAAGAGAUAAAAGUGUUGUCCUCGAAAAUAAAGACGAGAUUGCAGUGGGCAGAGCCCAAUUCACAGAAAGAACUAAUGGCUCUUACGCAGUGUUCACUUUUGACGGUGACGUGACAUACUCCAACAACGAGCUGCCAAGUCAAUUGGCCUCUGAGUACACAGUGAUAAAAAAAUUGGGCUCAGGAGCUGCUGGUGAUGUUCACAUGGUCCUCUCGAAAAAGUCCUUCAACACAUUCGCCAUAAAAUCCAUAUCCAAGGGAAAAUACACAGAAGUUGGUCCGAGAAAUCCUCUCCACGAUCCCAUAAAGAUUCAGCGAGAAGUGGACAUUCUCCAGAAGCUCCAGCAUCCCUGCAUCAUCAAGAUGGAGACGAUAAUCGACACAUCACAUAAAGUAUUCAUUGUCCUGGAGCUCAUGGAGGGUGGCGAGUUGUUUGACAGAAUCAGCAGGGCCUCUGGGCUACCGGAAAAAGUGACGAAAUUUAUGUUCUGGCAGAUAUGCGAUGCUGUGGCGUAUCUACACUCUCAGGGUAUCACCCACAGGGAUCUCAAGCCUGAGAAUAUACUUCUGGCGUCUGAUGCUAAGUAUCCCCUUGUGAAGGUCUCUGAUUUUGGAAUGUCCAAGUUCCUCGAUGCCCCCUCUAUGCUCAAGACUUACUGUGGAACACCUCUUUAUGUUGCACCUGAGAUUUUGAGGAGAAGGGGCAUGGGGGCUUAUACGGCACAGGUUGAUGUUUGGAGUCUUGGGGUCAUUCUGUAUGUCAUGCUUUCUGGGCUUUGUCCAUUCACUCAGAAUGACCCCACGAUGCCCCUCGAUCAGCAGAUUAUCAGGGGAUUUUACAGGUUUCCAUCGCACAAGUUUGAUGAUGUCAGUAUCGAAGCCAGAGAUUUAAUAAAAUCGAUGCUGAAGGUGAAUCCAGUAAGACGCAAGACCAUGAAGCAAGUGUUGGCGCACUCCUGGCUGCGUUCAGACGUUAUUGUUGGCAAAGCUGUGAGGGCUUUGCUGAGGGCAAGUUCCAGCAACGAAAAUACACCACCAGUCGCCCCCAACGUGAUACCUCAGGUCAACCCUAUUCGAGAACACGUAUUCGACGUACCUGGCUCCAAGCCAAAGCGAGCACGACUUAAUUAAUUAAUUAAUUAAGCCCCAAAUAACUGACCCAUCGUAAAAGUACUAAUAUCUUUUUUUAUAGUCACCGUUGACUCACAAUUAUUAUUAUUAAUAAGAAAAAAAUUGACGAGUCUGGCAACGAUUGUGGCCUGAAGUUCACAAUUAUCUACGAUAGAUUUAUCAGAAGUUGAUAGAUGAUACUACAAAGUGCCUGGAGAGCAUUAAAGCCUCAGACUGAUGAAGAUUAAAGUAUAAAAUGUUGUGAUAUAUUUGAGAGAUUAACGAGAUAAAUUCUAUAGAGCAUUGAUGAGUUAUUAAUAUGUUUAAGAAAAUGUUCACACUGUAAUUUCACAAAUCGCAUUAUUUUUUUGUCUCUAAUAAAUUUGACAAGACAAAUCAAUUGAGUUUUACUGUCAUGAAAAGUGGAGAAAAGAGGAGGAUUUAGUAAUGGAUGGAUUUUGGAGAGAACUGAUGUACGAAUUGAGCGAAGACUUAUUUGAAAAAUAUUUAAUAAUAAACAUUGACAAUAUACAGAGAAAAUACGCCAUAAGAAGUCGCUAUGGGAGUAAUUAAGAACCUAAUAACUGGUCCAGACUUACAAAAUAUCAAAUCAGACAAUGAUAAAUGUGUCAUUACAGCCAAAAACACCUCGACAUUAUCAUCUAAUGCUGUGUUUUUUCAUCAACUCUCACUCCUAUCCCUCUUAUUGAUUUUUAAUUAGUUAUAAUAAUUAGUUGUCUCCUCAUUGAAUUCAAUUUACACUGCGAAAAGCAAAAUGAGUGGCCAGUAGCUGUGGAUCCAUCACUUCUUUACUCUCUCUACGAGAAUUUCAUCAUUUUAUGGGCAUUUUUUGUCCCUAUUGUUUUAUUAAAAAUGACAAUUACUCAUUAAUUCAUUAUUUCUGCGAUGAUUUCUCGAGGUUAAAAUUGUAUACGCACGACUGGGUGUCGUGGUUUUCUGGAGGCCAAUUCCCCAGGAAUUUAUAUGGCAUUUCGAGCAAUCACACUUUUUUCAACAUAAUUUUCAAUAAAUAAUAUCAAUUUCCACGUGAAAAUAAUUGUGAAUAAUUUUUUCAGAGUGUUACACAUUUCUCAAUCUCGGGGAAAUAAUUCUUUUCGUUAUGAAGUUGUCGAUCAGAAGUGAAUAUUUCACAUCGAGUUUUGUACAAACGUAAUUGGGACUCAUGCAUUGUGCAAUUAUUCAUUUUUACGUACAAAUUAUUACAAUGAUAUUGAAGAGACUUGGUGCAGCCCCACGUACACUAGGAUAUGUUGUUCGAGUCAAUUAAUUUAGCUUUCCAAAUAAUUCCAUUGACAAUUUAUAUUUCCAAUAAUUUUUCACUCUGGGUCUGAUUAUUAGGCCCACUCUCAACUCUCGACUAACUGUUUUUGUGCAAUCAACGAUGAAACAAGGAUUAAUUAAUCUCGAGAGUGAUGGCUCCUCUCUCUCUCUUUUUUUUUUUGUUUAUUCAUUUGAGCUUGACUUACUCUAGCUGCUACUCAUGUUGUAAUGAAAUUCAUCAAUAAUUUCUCGUUAAUUAUAGCCUACCAAUAGAGGUAAUUAAUCACGAAUAGUAUAAAUCGUAAUUACAUUAAUUAAUAUACAGGAUUUAAUAACUUCUCUUCGUGAAUUGUCCCUCAAAUUUCAGGGGGGGAGGA